AUGUCCCGCAGCAUCGUUCAGGCCAGUCGUGCUGUCCGCUUUGGCGGUGCGCUUCGACCCACCCCCGUCGUCCUCAAGCAGUCCAAUCCCGUGCCCAGCGUGGACAUUCCUGGACCCACAUUCAGCGACCGUACCAGUCCAGCCGCACCUCCUGGUCAAGGACCUACCCAUCCUGGCUACACGCACGAGAGCACUCCCAUCACCAGCGCUCAUCCUCGAGACAUUCCAGGGGUGGAUGGAGCAGCCCCUGCUUCGUGAGUCGAGCGUGACAUAAGAUGCGCCUUGCAGACUUCGACGUUGCUGAGUCAUCACGCGCUCACGCAUCGCCACACGCGCCUUUUCUUCGCGGUCAGUCGAGUGCCCGGAGCGAGCACUGUUGCUGGCCAACCUCACGUCGAGGUGCACAACUUGGCCGAAGGUGCAAAGAUGUGAGUGACUCUUGCAAUACUCGUCAAGAUAGGCCUGCCUCGAGGGACAGCUGCGAUGCACAUCCUUGUGAUUGGCGGAGGUGCAGUGCACUGCUUUGGGCAUCCGCUCGGAAUCCUUUUGCGUUGGCACCUUCCAAGCGACUUUCGAAGCUCUGCUGAUCGUCGUACUUGCUCUGGUUUUUACAUCUUCAAGCGGAGGAUCGGACGCCAUUCGACCUGAAGAGCGCAAUGUCAAAAGCUGGGGUCCCAACCAACGCACACCAGAGUUCAAUGAAUUAGGUGCGUGCAAUCUCUAGUGCGGCUGCUUCUGAGCUGCGAGCGCUGACAGUCCAGAGUGCCUGUCUGCUCCUCAGAGGGUAAAAGACGCCCUGUCCUCGAUGGAGGAUCCAACGAAGGCGGUCUUGGACCUGAUGGCAAGAGCAGAACGUGAGCAUCAUCUUCACCCUCCCGUCCGUUGCAGCGCUACCUGAAGACCCUUUGAGACCCGAACACCGUCGAUGCAUCUGUACGGACUAGAACUCGCAAAUGCAAUGUGAUCAUCGCUUGUCUUGUUUGUCCACCUGUCUGACUGCCACUGUUUCAAUCCGCUGCGGGCAGGUUCUCGACGAUUGCAUGCCUUCGACAAGUCAAGCCGGGGCCAACAAGUGCAAGUGAGAAUCGUGCUGCGUCAACUGCGAGAGGAUCUGCGGUGGCACCGCAAACUUCGACACCUCCCAGACCUGCAAGGCGAAGUCGCUUUCCUUCCAGCAAGGAGGGCGCUGCCUCUUUGCCCAGGUUGGAGCACUUUCUAA